CCUAUUGUUUGCAGCAGACUGAGGCUGUCUGCCGUGUAUUUGCAAGUAAGAGCGAGUAAGAGACAUACUGUGAGUGUGUACGUGUGUGUGUAAGAGAAAGAGACGAAUCGGUUGUGAUACUGACAUUGUUAAUAGUUCGUACUUAUAACUUGCUACUUUGGAGGUCGACAAAAUUCAGAGGAAACAUAAUUCUGCGUAUAUCACUGGACUAAAUAAAGGCAUCUCCCGCUUAGAAGGCAUUCACCGAUGAUGGAGGACGAGCAGCCCAGAACCCUGUAUGUGGGGAAUCUGUCUAGGGAGGUCACCGAGCCCUUAAUCCUUCAGGUCUUUACACAGAUGGGGCCAUGCAAGAGCUGCAAAAUGAUAGUCGACGCAGCUGGAAAUGACCCAUACUGCUUUGUGGAGUUCUAUGACCACAGACAUGCAGCUGCUUCAAUGGCAGCUAUAAAUGGAAGGAAAAUAAUGGGUAAGGAAGUGAAAGUCAAUUGGGCCACAACACCAACCAGCCAGAAAAAAGACACAAGUAAUCACUUUCAUGUCUUUGUCGGAGACCUCAGUCCAGAAAUAACUACAGAAGAUGUCAGGGCUGCCUUCGGUCCGUUUGGCAGGAUAUCAGAUGCUCGUGUUGUCAAAGAUAUGGCUACAGGAAAAUCUAAAGGCUAUGGCUUUGUGUCUUUCUUCAACAAAUGGGAUGCAGAGAAUGCCAUUCAGCAAAUGGGCGGUCAAUGGUUAGGUGGUAGACAGAUCCGAACUAACUGGGCCACAAGAAAACCUCCUGCUCCAAAGGCUACUUAUGAAAGUAACUCCAAGCCACUAUCUUUUGAUGAAGUAGUCAAUCAAUCCAGUCCUAGUAACUGCACUGUCUACUGUGGUGGAGUUAGCGCAGGACUGACAGAACAACUGAUGAGACAGACCUUCUCUGCCUUUGGGCCAAUCAUGGAGAUCAGAGUUUUCCCAGAUAAAGGCUAUUCAUUUGUCAGGUUUAACUCCCAUGAAUCAGCUGCCCAGGCCAUAGUUGCUGUAAAUGGCACUUCAAUAGAGGGCCACGUAGUAAAAUGCUACUGGGGUAAAGAGACUCCUGACAUGAUGAACCAAAUUCAACAGAUGCCAAUGCCUCAGAACAAAGUGAACUAUGCUGCGGCCCAGCCUUAUGGCCAGUGGGGCCAGUGGUAUGGCAAUGGGCCCCAGAUUAACCAGUACGUCCCUAAUGGGUGGCAGGUCCCCACCUACAGCGUCUACAGCCAGGCCUGGAAUCAGCAGGGCUUUAAUCACUUAUCGGCCAGUGCUGGGUGGACUGGCAUGAGCACCAUCAGUAACGGUGGGGUCAUGGAGCCUACACAGGGAUUGAAUGGAAGUAUGCUAGCCAACCAGCCCGGUAUGGGAGCUGCAGGAUACCCCACACACUGAUAUGUAGCUGGGGCCCUGACAUCUGUCAACCAUCAGCCUCUUUUUUGGCUGUACUGAGCCCGGCAGGGCUGUGUAACACCGCCUUCACUUGUGGCAGGACUAGGACUUUAACUGGGAUGUGGAACCUGACAGGAAGAUUGGCAUCAAAAGGAGAUGU